AUGGGGCGGAAGGUGAGGAGGGAGGGGCGGAAACUUCACGUGCGAUUCGAGGCACGCGACGAUGGAGGGAGAGCGAGGGAUCGAGACAAGUUGCGCGACUUCGAGAAGUUUCUCUAUCAAAACUUUGGCAAUUCUCGCGUGUUUGUGCCCAUGAAGAGUUUUGUCCUGAAUUCGCUGAGGGCAACAGGCGUCAUGUUGGUUCUGCCCGACAAACUGCUCUUCGCCAUCGACGGUGAGCACGAGAAUGACCCGACCGUCUUCUCCGUUGAGCCUCAGAAGGAUUUUUCGAAAGUUUGUCUCGGAUAUGUCAUGGGAUCUGACAAUUUGCCCGCCAUGUCGGUGUGUAUGAGGUCGUCGUGGAGGAUUCCUGAAGAACUUCGAGAGUUUGGGAGCAACACUCGUUCCGAGCGAUGCUGUGACAAGACGUCAAUGUUGCGUCAUCCUCACCUGCUGAUCGUCUGGAGCUCCAAGAACUUUCAGUCUGAAUUGCAAAGUUUUCUGGAUGACAACGCGGAGGUGCGGAUUGCUCGGGUGGCCGAUGGGAAUUGUCAGCGUCAAAGAAUGGAAGCAUGGUAUCGAGCAAGCUCGCCUUUGCCGAGCACACGAGCGAGCUGCAGAGAAGCAGGUGGCGUGCAGGAGGAGGAAGUGAUAGAGAUCGACGACGACAGUGAGCAUGAAGUGCAAGUUGAGAACAAGGACAACAAGAGGGUUCGACUGGUCUAUCCUUCACGCAGUGCAAGGGAAUCCGUCACUGUCAAUGAGACUGACGUGUUGACUUUGCGGGCACGGCAGUACCUCAACGACUCGAUUAUCGACUUCUAUAUGAAGUACGUCCAGCACGAGCUGAGCUCUCCAGUCCAGCAGUCGAGGUAUCAUGUCUUCGGCAGCUUCUUCUGGAAGCGCAUGGAGCAGGAGAGCACCCUCGAGCAGAAGCAUACCGCCGUCUGCCGCUGGUACAAGUCCAUCAACAUCUUCGAGCGCGACUUCCUCUUCGUCCCAAUCUGCCGGAGCUUGCACUGGACCGUCGCAGUUAUCUGCUUCCCUUGCCCCGACAGCGCUCGUUGCCAUCCGAGCCUGCGCGGGGAGAAAGAGGCACGUGACCAGGAGGGUGGAGCCGGGAUCCGACAACGAUGGAGUAAAUAUGAGCAUACUUUGCUCUUCUUCGAUCCUCUCGGUGGGAUGUUGAGCGAUGAGGAAGCCUCACGGGUCGACACCAUCAGGGAGCUAAAACCGUACAACAUCCCCGUGCCCACCCAGCGCAACUCUUACGACUGCGGUCUUUUCAUCAUGGAGUACGUGAGAAAGUUCGUGGAGGACUUUGUUGCAGUCUCAGACGAGACUUGCUCAGAUGCUUACGUCAAGUUCUUCAAGUGGGGCAAGAACCCAGGGUCAUGGUUCAGUUCGGACAACCUGUCAGAAACUCGAAGACAACAAGUGAGGAGUCUGAUUUUGAAGUUGAAUAAACGACACAAGAAAUGA